AUGGCAUCCCAGCCACCGAACAAACCCAAAGCAUCACGAUGGGGCUCGCUGCUCUCGGGUGCCGUCGCUGGUCUGGAAUCACGUCUGGACACCAUCCUAGCUGAGGACAACGAAGCGUCUGCGCGCAGCAGAGCUCAGGACAAGGCUGCCGCACAAGAGAAAUCCUCGGCCGAGAAGCCCACUGCUCUUGCGGUCCCCAAUGCUUCAGCAGACACCUCACGUAGCCCGUCUCGCUCUCGCUUGAACGAUCGACUGCAGGAAAGACUGGCCAAGGCUGUUGCCAGCCAGAACCCUUCUCGUUCUUCCACUCCCUUGAACCAACCUGCAAGUCCGAGGUCUAGCCUUGGCUCAAGACAGUCGGCCGACAUACCACGACCCUUGCCAGAAGCCAAAGACGAAAUUGUUACAACGCCAAGUGCAGAAGUCCCAGUCCUCGAUGUCUCAACUCCUGACGCCGUCGACGAACCCGUUCCUGAAUCAUCAGCCGCAGAUCCCACCCCUGAGCUUGUAGUCACUGAACCUCUUCCGACUCUCUUGACCUCUGGUCUGCCAAUAAACCCCGCUCGCAUCUCCAACGACAGUCAAACCAGACCGUCGAUCGAUCUCAAUGAUGAACCCAAAUCAGAGGAAAAAGAACCAGAAGUGGUAGCGCCAAAAGAGGCUUCCGAACUGAACACAGAGCUUGCACAAUUGCGCCAGGAGAACGCCGAAGCUGAGAAGCAGAGACAAGAAGAGAUGCUUGCAAACCUCGAACGCAUCGACGCCUUGCAAGCAAAGCUUCAAUAUCUUGCAAAAGAGACUGUCGCUGCUGCGAAAGAGGCAAACUCAAGUUCUCAGGCUACUCCUCAGGAACGCAAACUCGCAGAGAAAGAUGAGCGUAUUGCUCUUUUGAUGCAAGAAGGCGAAAAACUGAGCAAGGUUGAAAUGCGUCAAGGGGCUACUAUCAAGAAGAUGCGCCUAAAGACACAACAAGACGAAAAGGCCAUGGCUGAUCUCCGCAAACGUCUUGCUAGACUUGAAGAUUCUGAGUCAGACCUGAAGCAACGGCUGAAGCGGUCAGAGCAGAUUGAAAAACAAAGCGCUGAACGACUAAAGCAAUACUCAAAUCUUGAGAAAGAUGUCGAGAAUCGCAAGUCGGAGCUCGCGAGUAGUAAUGCCACCAUUGCCAGUUUGCGAAGUCAGCUGCUUGAGGCCGAGAGGAAAACUGAGGAGGCUGAAAACAAAGCAAAAGAGAGCGUGGUUCAUGCAGAUGCCAACAAGUUGUCUGCCGUUCAGGAGCAGCUUGAGGAUGCAAAGCUGGAAAAGAAGCUGGCAGAUGAUAAAUGGAGCGCAGAAGUUAAGCGAAUCACCGAGGAAGCUCGUCAGCAAAGGCAGCAAGCCAGCUUUCGUGAGUCAGAGCUUACUAACGAGAUCUCGAAUUAUGAGAGCCGUCUCGAAGCACUUCGUGUCCGUGCUGAGGAAGCUUCUUCAGAUGUAGGAGGUGAUUCUCAAGCCAAACUGCUCCGUCAGAUCGAAACGCUGCAAACCCAAUAUUCUCUAGCAGCAGAGAAUUGGCGAAGCAUUGAAACUUCGUUGAACAGUCGCAUCGCUGCGAUCGAAAAGGAACGAGACGAAGCUGUAAAGCGUGAAGCCGAUGUACGCAAGAAAGCUCGCGACAUUAGCAGUAAGGCUAAGCGCUUGGAGGAACAACUCGAAGAAAUGACCGAAGAAUCUCAACUCCUGACUUCACAACUUCAAGCCAGCAAGACGGAGAUGAAGAAACUACAAACACGUCUUGAGACUGCAGAGACAUCUCUCAACGAGGCAAAGGCAGAUCUUGAUCGCCAAAAGCAGACUUUCGAAUCAGAGCUGAGCCAGAAGUUAGAAGAGGAGAGAACAAGGCAACUUGCGCAGGGGCUAGGCAUUGCCAGUCCUCACAAUGGAACCAUGGCUUCAAGAACAGAAUCACCAACCAGCUAUUUCCGAAAGCAACCCUCACAAGAUCCCUACGGAUCUGUGCAGUCACGGCGCGGACUAUCACGUAUCCCCUCGCAGGAACAAACGACAAGCCUGUCAAUAGACCGCUCCGUGUCACGACGGCCAUCAACUCUUGCACCUGGCCUAAUGAGCUCGCGAACACCGAUGACUCCAGACUUCCCCUCACCGAGCGUAAGCAGACAAGGCUCCAUGUUCUCUCUGGCUCAACUCCUAAACGGCGGCAACGGAGCACCUCAAACCCCUUCCAUCCACACCAAUGAUGUCGACGCCGAUGACAACUUUGACAACAGGUCCAGUCCUCAACGCACCAUCAACGAUGUCAUUAGUGCCUCUACUGUACACACAGGCCCCAGUGUACAGCUGGUCCAACACAUGUCAUCCAAAAUCCAACGCCUCGAAGCCGAAAAGUCAGCGCAUAAAGACGAACUUGCACGCUUAGUUACCCAACGCGACGAAGCCAGGGAUGAAGUCGUCUCCAUGAUGCGCGAAGUCGAAAUUAAGCGCAGUGUAGACGGCAAGACUGACAAACUCGAGCAAGAGCUUGGACAGGUCAAGCAAAGAUACGAAGCUUGUCUUGAAAUGUUGGGAGAGAAAGAAGAAGAAGUGGAGGAGUUGAAGAGUGAUCUUGUGGAGGUCAAGAAGAUGUAUCGGGAGCUUGUUGAUAGGAACAUGAAGUGA